CACAGGGAGAGAGAAAGGUUAUCUGUGCUCGCUGAGCAAACAGAGAGAAGAUGAUAAAACAGCCCCUGGCUGUGGGAACUGUGCAUUCGGCAGGUGGCCUGGGGUGCAGCUGAGCAUAGACAUGGGACCUCACGGUGCCCGGCUCCUGGCAGCGGUCCUCGUCCUGGGUCUGUGCGCCCUGGCGGGGGCCAAGAAACCUUCUGCCUGCCAGUGCUCGAGGAUGAACCCACAGAACAGGAAGAAUUGCGGCUUCCCAGGCAUCACCAGUGAGCAGUGCUUCGCGGCCGGAUGCUGCUUCGACUCCAGGGUUCCCGGGGUUCCCUGGUGCUUCAACCCCCUCCCACAGCAAGGUCAGGAGGAGUGUGUCAUGGAGGUCUCGGCCCGUAGGGACUGUGGCUACCCAGGCAUCAGUGCCAAGGAGUGUGCGGCUCGAAAGUGCUGCUUCUCUAACAUUAUCCCUGAAGUGCCCUGGUGUUUCUUCCCACGCCCCGUGCAAGACUGUCAUUACUGAGAGGAAGAAAUACUGGACAGUCCGCUUCCUGGAUGUCCUAAAACAAGAGAAGAGCACUCAGCGGCUCAGCAGUCUUGUAGUUCAUGUUUCCUGAAUUCCUGGGUUUUCUUAAUCUGCUUUUUUUUAUCCUGGUCAGUGGUUUAACAUUCAGUGUCUUCAAAUAAAGAAAACCCUUAAAAUCUGCUGAA